AAACACACACACACACACACACACACAGCAAACAGUAGUGGAGGUAAACGAGUGUACAGGAAGUGCAUGUUAUUCUACAGAGCCAAGUACACAGAGUAGUAUGCAAGAAAUCUUUUUCAACAUCAGAGCAAAUUUACAAUGUGCUACCUUUUUACUGUUCUUCUUUUCAUUUCAUAUGUUGGCAGUCAGGAACCCAUGAAGUUAAGUCUUCAAACUGGAGCAACGGUCACCAUCCCAUGUGGUUAUGAUAGGGCAUAUAUACACCAUAGGAAAUACUGGUGCUAUAAUGAUCAAUCAAAAUUCACAUCCUGCACAAAGGCAUAUGCCAAUGAUAGAAAGGGGAAUGUUACAGUGACUGAUAACCCAGCUGAGAGUUUCUUUACUGUGACUCUGGAUCAUCUCCAGACAAAAGACACUGGAUGGUACUGGUGUGGUGUAGAGAUAGACGGAUGGUCAGAUGUCAGUGAAGCUCUUUACAUCACAGUGAAAUCAGAUCUUGAUCUGUCAGUGAGGGAGAGCAGAGUGAGAGGUGAGGAAGGAGGCAGCAUCACAAUCCAGUGUCUCUACAGUGCUGAGCAUCAAAAUACACAGAAGCAGUGGUGCAGAUUCAAAGACAGGCAGUGCUGGAUAUUUAUGGAGACUAAAACAGAUCAGAAUUCAGCAGUGCAGCUCAGUGAUGAUGGGAGAAAGUUCUUCAGUGUGAAGAUGAACAGACUGAAGAAGAGUGAUGCUGGAUGGUACUGGUGCAGUGCAGGAGAUCUGCAGGUUCCUGUUCACAUCAGUGUCAGUGUUGAUGCUCCAGCAACAACAGAUUAUUCAGUUACCAAAGAAUACACGUUUGUAUAUGAGAUGCUGAGAUAUGUUGGCAUUCAGCCAUCGAUGAAGUUAAGUCUUCAAACUGAAUCAACAGUCACCAUCCCAUGUGGUUAUGAUAGGGCAUAUAUACACCAUAAGAAAUACUGGUGUUCUAAUUAUUAUUUAUCAUUCAGUUCCUGCUCAAUUCAGGCUUAUGCCAAUAAUACAAAGGGGAAAGUGACAGUGACUGAUAACCCAGCUGAGAGUUUCUUUACUGUGACUCUGGAUCAUCUCCAGACAAAAGACACUGGAUGGUACUGGUGUGGUGUAGAGAUAGACAGAGGUCCAGAUGUCAGAGAAGCCCUUUACAUCACAGUGAAAUCAGAUACUGAUCUGUCAGUGAAAGAGAGCAGAGUGAGAGGUGAGGAAGGAGGCAGCGUCACAGUCCAGUGUCUCUACAGUGAAGAGAAUCAGAAUAAACAGAAGCAGUGGUGCAGAUUCAAAGAUGGACAAUGCUACAUGGUGGGGACUGAAACAUCCCAGAAUUCAUCAGUGUACAUCAGUGAUGAUGGGAGAAGAUCCUUUAGUGUGAGGAUGAGUGGACUGAAGAAGAGUGAUGCUGGAUGGUACUGGUGCAGGGCAGGAGAUCUGCAGAUUCCUGUUCACAUUGCAGUUAAUAGUUUAACAGCAACAACAGAUUAUUCAGUUUCCAAAGAAUACACAUAUCCAGAGAUGUUCUGCAUUGCAUAAAAGUGAAGGAUGUGAACCUUGCUGGCAUGGAGAAUUUAUUAAACUGGAACAUUUCCUUUGUUAUUCGUAACUGAUAUGAGAUAUUAUGUGCUACAUAGGCUUCAUCUGUAACGGACCAUAUAUAGUAAAUAUACUUAUAAUAGCUUGUGUAUUUUAUUUUAUAAGUUAAUGUAUAUACUACUGUACUAAUAUAAUCACAGGUCAUCAUUUGUAGAUAAAUAUUGACAGAAUUGUCAGAUUAUACUGAAUUAUAUUAUAUUGAUUAUAAUAAACGUUGUGCU